AUGGAGACUCCACAAAAGUUUGCGACGUACUUACUACAUGGUUCAUCCUCGUUGUAUGAGUCUACGUACGACAAGCACCUCUCCGAGGAUAAGAUUCUAAUGUUUCAAGCGUGGUAUAGAGUUUGCUCUAGUAGUAGUACUUGGAGCAAGACACUCGUUUUGGGCCUUGGCAUCCUUGGACAGCAAAACAACCUUGGGGUCUUGGACACUACGCUACCUCCUGCGGAUCCGGAAGGCAACGAGGAAGGACAGGCGCACUCAGCCGGAGUUAAGCAACACUCGUUGCACGCAGAUUUGAACUUAUCAACAUACAACCCUUGUGACUUUCAAGAUAUAAUAAUCCUACCCUUAAGCCACAGAAAUACCGCUACAACCUCCUUGGACGUCAAUUCGUCAUUCACAAUCCCGUCACUGGAUGAGAUUGGCGGUGGUAUCAACGUCAACACAUUCACAUUCACUGUCCCUGGAACCUACUGGCAAAACAUUCAAGCUGUUGAGCGUCACACCAUGGCUACCUACAAUCAAAAGCUAUGUACCUGUGGCGUCCCAGAUCAGUUUUCAGGGCGUAGUCACUCACGCAUUGGCAACUUCUCCAUCAUGUCAACAUGGCAGGGCGUAAUCACUCACGCAUUGGCAACUUCUCCAUCAUGUCAACAUGGCGGAAUGUGUCUAGCGGAACAUGUAUUCUGCAGAGUAUGGAAGAUACUCUACGUUCUGUUCAUCAACCUGCCCUACUAUGCAAAGCGCUACGACAAUGCGCUUCAGCUUGUUGCUCUGAAAAGGAUCCCUGCGGUUGACACUAGUACUGGCGAUGGCGCUGCAACAGCGGUCGUAGAAAAGAAGGAACUCGACGAAGCAGUAGUCGCAUCGAACAGUUGUUGUCGGCGGGGGAGGGUAAGGAGUGCUGCCGCCGUUAUCAACUUGUCCACUCACCCGAAUAUAUUACUCCAAUGA